GACAAUUAAAACAAAUCUCUGGAAGUAAAACCAUCGCGUUAAAAAUAAACUGGUUUGAUUUGAAAUUUAAUUGAGUCAACAAACGAGGAUCUCGCUGGAUUUGAUUUUAUUUAUUUUUCUUUUCAAUUGUUAUCGUCGUGAAUUCAGUUUGACUUAAGUCAGUAAUUGACAAAAUGAUGCGUUUGAAAAGCUUAAAGGUACACUGCUGCUUUUUGGCUUUGUUGCAUGUGACAAUGUUUGUUUAACUAGAGGCCCUACAGAGAGCUGCAAGCUGUCGCUUGUAUUCCUUUUAGAAUUAGAAAUUUACAUAAAGAGACCAAGUUCGAGAUUUUUAGUUGAACCGUAAAAAACGCUCUGUGAUUUAUUAAUCUUUCAGAAGUUGUUUCAAACUGAAUGUCCACACCAGCUGAAUGUUGCAUCCAGUUCUUAGUUUUGCUGCACUUUCCAAAUGCACUGGGCUCGAGUGAUGUGAGGAGCUGUAUUCAGGAUGACGCUGCUGGCAGGAGACAGUUCAGAUUAUGAUUACAGCGCCCUCAGCUGUGCCUCUGACAACUCCUUUAAUCAAACAAUCUACAAUGAAACACAGACUCUGAAAGGUGUGUUUUACAAUAGAGCUCACCUCAUACACUCUCAAGACUACUUGUAUAACAGUGCAUUCCCAGAAGACCGCAAGCACCAUGUUAUAAUAAAUGUUGGGGGAAUAAAAUACUUAUUACCAUGGACCACACUGGAUGACUUUCCUUUAACACGACUGGGGCAGCUGCGAUUUUGCCACAAUUUUGAUGAAAUAAUGAAAAUCUGUGAUGAUUACGAUGUGACGUGCAAUGAGUUUUUCUUUGAUCGGAACCCAGGCACAUUUAGGACAAUUUUGACUUUCCUUAGGGCUGGGAAAUUGAGACUUUUGAGAGAAAUGUGUGCCCUUUCUUUCCAAGAGGAAUUGUUGUACUGGGGCAUUGAAGGUGAUAAUCUAGAGUGGUGUUGUCGUCGCCGAUAUCUGCAGAAACUUGAAGAAUUUGCAGAAAUGAAUGCUAUUGAGGAAGAUCUGGCAGAUGGUGAAAGGAUGGGCGAUUUUGUUCAACCAUCGGGAUGUAAUCACUUCAUGACAAAACUUAGGGAUAUGGUGGAAAAUCCUCAGUCGGGGCUCCCAGGAAAAAUCUUUGCCUGCCUUUCUGUUAUUUUUGUGACUAUUACUGUAGUUAAUCUAUCCAUCAGUACCAUGCCUGACCUCAGGGCUGAAGAGGAUAAAGGAGUAUGCUCACAGAAGUGCUACAAUAUUUUCAUUGUGGAAACUGUCUGUGUAGGCUGGUUUUCGCUGGAGUUUGUGUUACGAUUCAUUCAGGCUCGCAGCAAAUUUGUUUUCCUGAGGACUCCACUCAAUAUCAUUGACAUUAUAGCCAUCUUACCCUAUUACAUUACCCUUCUGGUGGACACCACAUCAGUGGAAAAUGGAAAACCUGGAGGAGGAAGCAGUUACCUUGACAAGGUGGGCCUUGUUUUGCGAGUCCUCCGUGCCUUGAGGAUUUUGUAUGUCAUGCGGCUUGCCAGGCACUCCCUGGGACUACAGACACUGGGGCUAACAGCACGCAGGUGUACCCGUGAAUUUGGUCUCCUCCUUUUAUUCUUGUGUGUGGCCAUCGCACUCUUUGCCCCUUUGCUUUAUCUUAUUGAAAAUGAAAUGUCUAGCUCGCAUGAGUUCACAAGCAUACCGGCAUGUUACUGGUGGGCUGUUAUCACCAUGACGACAGUGGGCUAUGGAGAUAUGGUGCCUCGAAGCAUUCCAGGCCAAGUGGUAGCAUUAAGCAGCAUUUUAAGUGGCAUCCUUCUCAUGGCCUUCCCUGUAACUUCCAUUUUUCACACUUUCUCUCGCUCAUAUGUGGAGUUAAAGCAAGAACAGCAAAGAGAUCAGAGAAGGUUACAGAUCAUGAUUAAACCUAAACCACAAAUGAACAUUUUUUCACAAGAAAAUGAGAACUUAUUUUCAAGUCUGUCUUCUGAACCAAGAGAAAACUAAACUACAUUGUUUUGAGUUGAAAAGCAGUUACGAGAAACAACUUUCAUUUGUGAAACAUGGUGCAUUUUCUUUUUGCAGGGAAAGAAAUUUGAGUAGCAAUCUGAUAUUUAUAAUUCAUACUUAUGAAUACGGUUUUUUGAGAAUGUAGCAAUAGGCCAAAUACUUAAGUGUGAUUUCUAGGCAUAUUUUCUUCAAAUCUAACCUAGAAGGGACUAGUGAGACAAAUUUGCAUAGUUUUGAAUGCUGGGAAGAUUUAGCGUGAACAAGCUGAAGAGUUGUUUCAGCAUUGAAUGUCACUCUAAGCAACCUAAAAAUCGUUACCAAAUCAAAAUCAUAACUGUAUAUUUGUAAUAACUCACAACACAUCAUACCAGUGACUGUCGAAAGUAAAAUGUAACCACCUACCAUCAUUCUACAUUAACAUGAUGUUGAUGAGGAUUGUCUGAAAUAUCUGAGGAAGCAGCAGACCUUUUUUUUUAGAAGGUUUAGUCCUAGAUUUCAAACUAUUUGCCUUCCCAAACAUAAACUGCUUCACGUGAACUGCAAUCUAAUUGGUCAGGAAAUCAUGGAAAUAAUCCAAAGGCUGACAUGAAACAAAACUCCAGUGCUUCAAAAGAUUUGCAUGGAAUUUACAUUCUCAGUAGGCAAGCAACCUACAAUGAGUACCUGUAAAAUAAACAAUUUAUACAAGAUCAAGCUUUAAACCAGAAUCUGAGCUUUGAAAGAUAUUUCACUCCUGAGCACUAAACAGUCAAUUUUCAAAAAAAUCAUGUGAUUUUGUUGGCAAACUUUUGCUAAAUAGUUUAAAUUAUAGAUAAUUUUACUUGACCAUGGGAUUUCUUUUGUUGAACUAUUUGGCAAAUUUUAAGGAAUUCUGCAAUUCCUGAUGAGUGUCUUCAGAAUAGGCCAUACAUUUAACUCUUCAUUCGGAUGUUUCCUUUUGCUGAACUGCUUAAAAAUAAAAAUUAUGUUGGAGACUUGUGUGCUUGCAAGUCUUGUGUGCCUUGACACAAUGUCAGCUUUUAAGUUGAUGCUGUGACUAGGUUUCUUGUGAAUUUGCUUCAUUGUUAUUUAUGUUAACAUUGAAUGUGCAUUUGCCAUUUUAGGCAGAAGUUACAAGAGUUGGAAAUGUAGCACUUUGGAUUCAACUUCUGCCUGGAUGGAGCAUUUACAUAGUGUCAAAAACAGGUCAUUUGGCUCAGUUGGUUUGUGUUGUUAUUUAUCCUCCACACAAGCCACCUUCGAAUCUUUUCCAUCUAAACCUAUCAUUUGUAUGAAAUUUCUAUUCAUUCCACCAUUAUCUGUUAAUUCAGUUUCCCCUUAAAUACAUCAAUGCCAUUAAUAGCAACUACCUUUUUUUGUGAUAGAUUUUUACAUUCUGGGUAAAAAUGCUUCUCUAGACUUUUUAUUAGGUUGUAUCUUGUACUUACACCUGCUAGUUCCACUCUCUCCCUUAAAACCAUGCAAUUUGGAGUAGAAUUACAUAGAAACACAAAGGAUAAGAAAGGAAUCACCAUUUGACCCUGCAAGCCUACUCCACCAUUCAUUAUUAUCAUGCCGGAUCAUCGAGCUCAUUCGACACAAUUAGUUUCCCCCGCGAUUCAAUGAAAUCAUGGCUAAUCUGAUAAUCCUCAAUUCCUACUUUCAUAUUGUAUCUCUAUAACCCUUGAUUC